GGUCCUCAGAUCCCUUCAACAGCCGCCAAAGUCAUCUUGCAUUCCGAUAAAAGUCUUGACAUUGAAAUACUGAGGUGCAACAAUAUCGUGUGCCUUUCUUGUGGUGGGUGGUGGUUUGCCGAUAUUCUCAAGUUUGCUCCUACAUGCACCCAAGAUAAUGCAUGGGAGAACAAGCGGGCGACGACCCGCCAAAUUCCGUCUUUUGGACGGUCGGUCUCUCCUAGCUGCACUGGUACUGGCUUUGACACUUGUUGGAACCUGUUCAGUUGCGGCCCAGAAUGCCCAUCUUGCGGACGCAAUGUACCAAGGUGUACCCGUCAGUAGCUGUCUCAGACUCUUGCAUGCCAGCGGGACUGUCGGUUGCCAGACGAAGAAAGGCACCACUGGAAUCUUGUAUCAGAUUAAUAACAACAACGAUCUCGACGCCUUCAUCAAGGAUGCUCCAUCGAGGGAUUACGCCAUUGUCAUGCCAUAUCUCGUAUUUACGCCGUCCAACGUAGCUAAAUUACGAAAUUCAAAAAAGAUGGCUGGAAUUAUCCUGGUCAAAGACGGAUUUGGGUAUCCUGACCCAGCUACUUGGUCCAGUGACUCAACAUGCCCCAAUUGCCAGUUCGGACUCUAUUCAAAUCAACCUCCUAGUUCCUGGCACCAGUGGAACCCAGAUGGAAACUCGCUCUCGUUCCAAGAUUUUGACUUUCCAAUUUUUGGAAUUUCGCAGGAUGGAUCAAAUUUGCGUAGUAUUACCCCACUGAAAGAGGCUGUAGAGGCAAAUGCCCGGGGCGGCUAUGUCUCUUAUCCGCUUUAUGCUGUCGAGUUUGACGCUUUUAUGUGGGCCGCUGGGAACUCUGCUGUCUGCCUUCAAAGAGGUUGGUGCGAUCCCAUCGGUGGUUUGUCAGUGUGGUCCACUUUCUCGAAGGUCCUUGACAGCAAUAAUACCUUGAAUGAUAAUAAGCCACUCAUAGUGGUAUCCGCAAAAAUAGAUAGCAAAUCGUUUAUUUCUGACUUUGGAAUUGGUUCAAAAUUGCCUACCAUGGCGAUUGGGGCCAGGUCACCAAAGACUGGAUUAGUAACAGCGCUGGCGACGGCGGAUGCAUUGAGCCAGUAUUUCAAGUCCCCUGAGGCCGUACCUUUGGCGAAGCAUAUCUUGUUUACUUUUUUCGAUGCCGAGACUUGGGGUUUUGCGGGGUCACAGCGCUUUGUUCAGGACAUCACAAGACCGCUUGUCUGCAAGGAGCGAGGCGAGACGGCCACUCCUUCUUGUCCGCUCGCUUUGGCUAACUGCACCAACCCGUGCUUUUACGAUCUGGAUUUCACCUCCAUUCAAUUUAACAACAUCGAAUCUAUCAUCGAAUUCGAUUCCGUAGGCGGAAUCGAUGUUCCCAAUCUACCUCCGAACCCAACCAUAUUCAUGCAUGUCGACGAAGUGAAUCCUCAGACGACAGCAUUAAUGAACAUGUUUGCUGGCACCACUGCUGCUCCGGGGUUCAAUGGAUCGUCGCCGCUGAAUGUCAAUACGGUACCCGCAGCAGGUGAUGGGGUGAAUUUCAGAUUACCCCCAUCAAGUGCAAUGGCGUUCUUGGCAAAAAAGAAUAUACCUGCUGUUGUUUUUGGAGAUUUUCGUGACAGAUAUUCGAAUAGAUACUAUAAUUCGGAAUUUGACGAUGGAUCCUUAUGGGAUGCCGACAAUGUCGCACUCAUGUGUGCUCUUGCGAACAAGACCGCCCGAUCAGUUUUCGCUUCCGCUAGCGGUAAUACCACAGUACCGCUGAUUGUGUCUGCAAACUGCACGCUGGUUGCGGAACUAAUGAACUGUUUCACGAGGAACUUGACGUGUUCGUUGGUCGCCGAACUGUACCCGCAAUUAAUUGACACGUUGGAGGUCUUGGGCCCCCCGCUCACCGAUACAGCAUACUCGGGAACGUUCAACUACGACACAAACGUGAUGCCAUUCUUAAUCAAUCGAAUAAUGACAAAUUUGACAGCAACUGAGAGGACUAGCCCAUGUAUUCGCGACGACCAAUGUCCAACCGAUUACGCCUGUAUGUCCUACAGCAAGUUGGCAAAUGGGACGUCGGUGGGCAAAUGUACACAGGGGUUUGCUCGGUUUCAUUGGGCUUAUGGAACGGGAAUUGAGAAGAAUUAUCAGAAGGCUGUUUUUGAAGUAGUGGAUCCCACAAAGCCGUCAUGGACUCAAAGCAAGUUUGGCACUGCGGCCACCAAUGGCAUCCGUAUGAGGUUGUUCAAAGUAGCAUCGACAAAUUACGAGGCCCUGCAACUGGGCAUCGGUUGCAUACUCACUGUCUUGGGAAUAGCGACCACGAUUUUGUCGCAGAGAUAUUUCCGAAAAAGGUUUAAAAUGGAAUGAGCCACUCAUGGACAGUUUGUAAAUAGUAGCGAGCUUUUAUGUAUGUAUUGAGCUGUGAAGUCUUUCUUUCUUUAUUCUAUUAAAUGCCGAAUACAUGUUUGUUUAUUUGAUGUUGAGGG